UGUCCAUGGUGAUGGUCUGCCGCACGCAGUGACAAGUUGAGUCCACUCAAAGAUAGCCAGUCAUGUAGCUUUAGUUUGUACUCGGUCUUCAAACAUAUUCCAUGGCGAAGCGAACUAUUGCAUCGUGUCGUAAUUAUAGAAUAUAUUUUUUUUUAUGGAUUAGAUUACGUGUUUUGAGCGGUCGUGGGUUUUGGCGCGCGUUCUUUUGACCUACCAUUUUGGCAGAGCGCGCAACACUCUGAAUGUGACACCUUGGAUCGUUGACGGAUUGGGGAAAAUGCCUCGUCAAAGUUUGUCAUCGUUAAGAACUCAAACUUUGCAAUUAAUAUAUUUAAGCUUUUGCAAAAUUAAUUUGGAAUGAAUGAAGAAUGCAUAUCGUUUGGGAAAUAUUUUUGAUUUUUCAAGCAUAUUUCAUCUGCACAUCAGCACAGCUAAUUUCACCAAAGAUUCAUGACGGUUGGUGGGCGUACAAAGAUGCUGUCCAAGGGAGCUUUGUUCCAGUACCAUCCUUCUGGGGGCUAGUGAAUUCCGCUUGGAACCUGUGUGCCAUGGGAAAGAGGCAGUCGCCGGUCAACGUCGAGACCAGUCACAUGAUCUUUGACCCCUUCCUCACCCCUCUACGUCUCAACACAGGCGGACGCAGCAAGAUGGGAGGCACCAUGUACAACACAGGGCGCCACGUGUCGCUGCGGCCAGACAAGGCUCACCUGGUGAACAUCUCCGGUGGGCCUCUGGGUUACAGUCACCGGCUGGAGGAGAUCCGCCUGCACUUCGGCAGCGAGGACGUCCAGGGCUCGGAGCACCUGCUCAAUGGACAGUCCUUCCCUGCAGAGGUGCAACUUAUACACUACAACCAGGAACUCUAUACCAACUACAGUGAGGCAGCCAAGAGCCCCAAUGGCGUAGCUAUUGUGUCCAUAUUUAUAAAGAUAUCCGAGUCUCCAAAUGUAUUCCUGAAUCGCAUGCUGAACAGAGACACCAUCACGAGAAUUACAUACAAACAUGACGCAUUCUUACUCAUGGGGCUCAACAUAGCAGAUCUAUAUCCAGACACUACACGUUUUAUAACAUACGAGGGCUCCAUGACUAUCCCGCCCUGCUUCGAGACAGCCACCUGGAUCCUCAUGAACAAACCUGUGUACGUCACACAGAUGCAGAUGCAUUCUUUGCGACUGCUAAGUCAGAAUGAGCCAUAUAAGAUAUUCCUCAGUAUGAGUGACAACACGCGGCCCGCCCAGCCUCUCCUACAGCGCUGUAUCCGCACCAACAUCAACUUCAGCAAGCAGGGCCGGGACUGCCCCAACAACCGUGCCCUGAGGCCCCAGUAUCGAGUAAACCAGUGGCUUCUGAAGUAGGAAAAAGAUGAACAUGCUGUACAAUACAACAGGAUGAAAACUAAAUAUUGGAUCCUGAUUCUCAAGACUUUAUUUGAAUGUGGAAAUACUACAUUAUCAGAAGAGAGGCUGUUUUUUGAAUAUGUUUGAGAUUGCAAAGUAAGACAAGGAAAGAUUGAAAAGUGUAACUUUUAAGGCUGCACAAAUGUAAUUCUUUUAUAGAGCUUAUGGAAAUGGGCUGUAUGGAAAUUCAGCAGGCUCCGCCAUUUACCGACCUCUGCAGUGGAGACAAAGAGGACCUCUUUUAUGACAUCAUCACCAACAUCAGAUUCACUUGAGCACCCAAAGAUCCCAAAGGACCAACACUUCUUGAAAUGAGCUAACUGUAAUCACAGAUACAACCAUAACGUGUUUUGAUACCAACAGCAUUCCAUCAGAUCUAACAACAAGCUAAGAAUCUGAAUAUGAUAAGAGGGUGCUUCUGGUGAUGAAAGCUUCUACAUAACCAUGUCACAAGCAAAAGGUGUACUGAAUAAAUGUCACAAAUGCAGAACCAUUUCCUGACCAUGUGACCUAACCAGGAAAAACUCUGGACCCCAGAAAACACCAGGGCAUGAGAUGUUCCUGUUCAGGCCACAUAGUCAGGAAACACUCCUAGCCAUAGCCUUGGUAGAUCCAGUAUUUUAUACUGUAUUUACUAAACCUUUCUAGCCAUUUUGGGCCAUUUGCCUUUUCUCUGUUUAAUUGUUUACAAUUUCAUUCACUGUUUAUUUAAAUGAUAGCAGCCCAAUUAACAUGUUUCAGAGAAUUAUCUAAGAUAAAAUAACACUUUACAUAAGGCCUAUAUAGUAGAUGCUGUUUAAGAAUUGUAUAUUGUCUAGCACUGAAUAGAGCAUGGGACGUGAUUUGUCUGCAAAUUCUUUAAGCAGUCACAAGGCAUUCCUUAUCAAUUAUUUAUCCUAAUUUUCGAUUCAGAGCUGUGUAUGGCGUUACAGGCAAUGUGGGUUUGUGUGUGUGUGUGCGCGCAUGUGUACAUGACUGUAUGUAUGUGUGUGUGUGUGUGCGUUCUCUCCUGGGAAUUGUAUUUCUCAUUAAAUAGGGUAAAUCUCCUCGUUUUGUGGCAAUGAAACACAUACAAUUGUAUUUGUCACGUGUCAAAUACAACAACAGGUCUAGAGUGAUAUGCUUACUAACAAUCUCUUUCCCACCGAUGCAGAGUAAAACAAGAAGAUAAAAACACAAGAGAAAUAACACACAAGAAUGAAGCUAAAUACAGGAAGUACCAAUAUACCAUAUCAAUGUGCAAGGGUACGAGGUAGUUGAGGUAAGUAUAUACAGUGCCUUCAGAAAAUAUUCACACCCCUUGACAAAGUAGGAUUUAUAUGAAUUGAAUUGUAAUUUUUUGGAAACGAUCUAAACAAAAUAGUCUUAUGUCAAAAUGGAAGAAAAAUGUUUAUUUUUAAUUAAAUGGAAAAUAAAACACAAAGUAUUCAACCCCUUGAGUCAAUACAUGUUAGAGUCACCUUUGGCAGCGAUUACAGCUGUGAGUCUUUCUGGGUAAGUCUCAAAGAGCUUUGCACACCUGGAUUGUACAAUAUUUGCCCUUUAUUCUUUUUACAAUUCUUCAAGCUCUGGUUAUUGGUCUUUGCUAGACAGCCAUUUUCAAGUCUUGCCAUAGAUUUUUUUUGCCAAUUUAAGUCAACUUUAACUAGGACACUCAGGAACAUUCAAUGUUGUCUUGGUAAGCAACUCCAGUGUAUAAUUAACCUUGUGUUUAGGUUAUUGUACGGCUAAAAGGUGAAUUUGUCUCCCAGUGUCUGUUGGAAAGCUUAGCUCUAUUCCGUUUAUUUUUAUUUUAAAAACUCCUUAGUCCUUGCCAAUGACAGCCAUACCCUCAACAUGAUGCAGCCAACUUCAUGCUUGAAAAUACAGAGAUUGUUAGUCAGUGAUGCUUUGUAUUGGACAAAAAGUUAAUUUAUUUGCCACAUUUUUUUUGCAUUAUUACUUUAGUGCCUUAUUGCAAACAUGAUGCAUGUUUUGGAAUAUGUGUAUUCUGUACAGGCUUCCUUCUUUUCACUCUGUAAUUUAGGGUAGCAUUGAGGAGUAACUACAAUAUUGAUGAUACAUCCUCAGUUCUCUCCUAUCACAGCCAUUAAAACUCUAUUUUAAAAUCCCCAUUGGCCUCAUGGUUAAUUCCCUGAGCGGUUUCCUUCCUCUCCGGAAACUGAGUUGGGAAGGACGCCAGUAUCUUUGUAGUGACUGGGUGUAUUAAUGCACUAUCAAAACUGUAAUUAAUAACUUCACCAUGCUCAAAGGGAUAUUCAAUGUCUGCUUUUUUUAAACCCAUUUACCAAUAGGUGCCCUUCUUUGUGAGGUAUUGGAAAACCUACAUGAUCUUUGUGGUUGAAUCUGUGCUUGAAAUGCACUGCUUGACUGGGGGAUGCAGAUAAUUGUAUGUGUGGGUUACAGAGAUGAAGUAGUCAUUUAAAAAAUCACGUUAAACACUAUUAUAGCAGACCGAGUCCAUGCGACUUAUUAUGUGUCUUGUUAAGCACAUUUGUACUCCUGAACUUAUUUAGGCUUGCCAUCAUUUUUCUUCAUUUGUAAAAAUAUAUAAAAUCAUAAUUCCACUUUGACAUAAUGGGGUAUUGUGUGUAUAUCAGGGCGUGUGAAUAAUUUGUGAAUGCACUGUACAUGUAGGCAGGGUUAAAGUCACUAGGCAUCAGGAUAGAUAAUAAUAAGAGUAAAAAAACAAAGGAGCAGCAGCGUAUAUGAUGAGUGUACACUCUUAGAAAAAAAGGGUUACAAAGGGGUUUUUUGUGGGGGGAUAGGGUUCUACCAAGAACCGUUCUGAUCUAAAGAACCCUAUUUGGAAGACAAGGGUUAUUUUGUAAGGCAAAGGGUUCUACCUAGAACCUUUAACAUCCUGAGAACCGUUUUUGGAAGAAAGGGUGAUUUGAUGAUUCUUUGGAAGACAAGAAGGGUUCUACAUUAAACCAUACAUAAUAUUUCCCAGUAUGCUCUAUUUCAGGGAGAUUACGAAUGGUUUGUUUUACUGUAUCAUCUGUGUUUUUGCAUGUACAUUUAUAGAUUCAUUCAUUUCAUGCUACACAAAGAUAACUAACAUACAGUUUUCUGAAAUACUCCAAUCUGUUUGUAAUUGGAUUUAUUGCACCUGUAACUAAGAUGGCUGUUCCAGUUUAGAUGAUUGAGAUAGUCUCAGUAUUCAAUCUUCCAUAACCUGACAGUCAUUCUGAAUGCAGGUUGUGGGUGAUUUAACAAUUCCACUUGUUGGAUAUACUAAGUAGCUGGAUUCCAAUAGGAAUUACACAUCACAUUGCAAGCCAGCAUAAUGUGACUUGCAGGCCUGAUGUGGCCUGUUACCAGGAGUUUCCUAACACUACUGAUGGGUAUAACUAGGCCCUCAAAGAAAGGCCUUGUGAAAUGUAAUGUAUUAUCAUAGAUCAUUUGAUUGUAAAGGCUAAUAAGGUUGGUGGAAUUGUUUAUAGAGGGUUCUAGGUAGAACCCUGCACGUGUUUCUUUGAAGAACUCUAUGGGGACAAACUGAAGAACUCUAUGUUUCUACUUAGCACCUUUUUUCUGAGUGAAUGUGUACAUGUGUGAAAGUGUGUGUUUGUGUGGAGUCAGUAUGCGUGUGUUAUCUGCGUGUGUUUGUUUGAGUGCCAGUGUGAGUGUGUGGAUCAAGUCCUGUGAGAGUGCAAAAUAGUGCAGUACAGAUAGUCCGGGUAACCAUUGGAUAGCUAUUCAACUGUCUUAUUAUUGGGGAUACAGUGCCUUCGGAAAGUGUUCAGACCCUUUGACUUUGUCCACGUUUUGUUACGUUACAGACUUACAAUCCUGUCUCGGAGCUCCGAGGACAAUUCCUUUGACCUCAUGGAUUUGUUUUUGCUCUGACAUGCACUGUCAACUGUGGGACAUUAUAUAGACAGGUGUGUGCCUUUCCAAAUCAUGUCCAGUCAAUUGAAUUUACCACAGAUGAACAACAAUCAAAUUGUAGAAACAUCUCAAGGAUGAUCAAUGGAAACAGGAUGCACCUGAGUUCAAUUUCAGUCUCAUAGCAAAGGGUCUGAAUACUUACGUAAAUAAAGGUAUUUCUGUUUUUUAUUUGUAAUAAAUUAGCAAAAAUGUCUAAAAACCUGUUUUCGCUUUGUCAUUAUGUGGUAUUGUGUGUAGAUUGCUGAGAAAAAAAUAUUGAAUCCAUUUCGGAAUAAGGCCGUAAUGUAACAAAAUGUGGAAAAAGUCAAGGGGUCUGAAUACUUCCCGAAGUCACUGUAGAAGCUGUCUCUGAGCCUGUUGGUCCAAGACCCGAUUCUCUGGUACCGCUUGCUGGACGGUAGCAGAGAGAGCGUCCAUGGUUUGGGUGGCUGAAGUCUGUCUAAACACAAUAUCAUACAUGUACUGUUUCUGUAUGAUAAUACCACUAUGCCUAUAUAUAUAUAUAUAUAUAUAUAU